AUGGCAACAAAAGAUGAAGUGUUAAAACGAAUAUCAUCAGCGGCCUUAGUUCACAUAGCAGCGCACGGUAAAAUUGAAACUGGAGAAGUUAUCCUGGCACCAAACACCACAAGAGAUAACCCUCAGCCGCAAGAGAAAGACUAUCUACUGACAAUGAAGGAUGUGAUAGAAGCUGGGUUGCGAGCACGUCUGGUUGUACUUAGCUGCUGUCACACAGCUCGUGGGGAGGUCAUGGCCGAGGGUGUGGUAGGCAUGGCGCGUGCACUUUUGGGUGCCGGUGCCAGAUCGGUUGUGGUAACCUUGUGGGCGAUUGGCGACGAGGGAACCCUGGAGUUCAUGAGUUUCUUCUACGAUGCACUUGCCAAAGGCAAAAAGGCAAGUGAAGCUCUCAAUCAGGCCAUGAAGUGUAUGAGAGAAAUUGAAAAGUUCAAGGAGGUGAUUUACUGGGCACCAUUUGUACUCAUUGGUGACGACGUCAACCUGGAUUUCAAGGAUAUUUCAAAGCUCAAGCAAUUGGGUGAUGAAUUUAUCUUUUGCUCCGACAAAUUGAGAUGCAGCACAAUCAAGUGGACACGUUUACGAUGA